AGAAAUCACUACACAUCUGCUUUGACAGCUGUUUUCUUUCCUCUUGAAUACAUUUAAAAUGAAUGUGAGAAUUUCGUGCAAACAAAAUUAUUUCAUUUGUGGCUCAACCGAUUGAAAGUGGGACUUGAACAAAUAAAUUUGUGUGCCGGUUUUUUUUAUCUAUCUAAAAUCCAAGCACCGUUUGUUUGGCUGGCAUAAAUUGGUUUACGGUUUUACUAUCAGUAAAAUUCGAUUAGCGGCGUGCUGUUCACGAUUUCCAGGCUGUCACAGUGACUUCGAUUUUUCUUUUCUUUAUUUAGCGUUUGCGCUGAUGUCAGUGUGUUCAUGAGUACAGUAUUGCAACGUAUUGUGUCCACAUCAGUUCGGAGUUUUACUUCACGGCAACAACAGUUUUUGCAUCAAAAUCAACAAUUGCAUCAGUUUAAAUCACUGUUUGGACAACAAUUUCUACGAAAAAUGAGCACCGAAACAAUAGAAAAGCCAAAAAUUGUAUUCGUAUUGGGCGCACCGGGCUCGGGAAAAGGUACUCAGUGUGCAAAUAUUGUGAAUCAAUACAAUUAUGUGCAUUUGUCAGCUGGUGAUUUGCUGAGAGCUGAACGAAAUCGCCCAGGCUCCGAACUGGCACAAACUAUUGAAGAAUACAUUCAAGCCGGACGCAUUAUUCCCGUUGCGGUUACAUGCUCACUUCUUGAACGGGCCAUGAACGAACAAAUGAAGGCUGAUGCUGCCAAGAAUAAGUUCCUAAUCGACGGUUUUCCACGCAACCAAGACAACUUGCAGGGUUGGAUCGAGCAGAUGGAGGCUAAAGUGAAUCUACAAUUUGUGCUAUUCUUCGAGUGUCCAGAUGGAGUAUGUAUAGAUCGAUGCUUGAACCGAAACACCGGCCGAUCCGAUGACAACAUGGACUCGUUGAAAAAGCGUUUCGACGUUUUUUACACCGAGACCAUGCCAAUCGUUGACUAUUAUGACAAACAGAAUCUGGUGCGCCGUGUGAAGAGUGAAAAACCAGCUGAGUUGGUAUUCGAAGAUGUUCGCCAGGCAUUCAAUGACUACAAUGCCAAGUGAGAAGGAGAUUGAUGAAAUUCAAAGACUGGACGAGCGUACAUUCCAGCCCAAAUGCGCCAAUUCCCACCUCACUAUACACACAGCUAACGCUCAACGUAACAUUUCGUCAAGGUGUACGGGUUAAUCCAUUCUCCCUCAAUCAAAUAAAUCAAUUAAUAUUCUUUUGUUGUGUACAUAGAUUUAGUGAAGAAAAAAAAAUGAAAUGUGAAUGAAACUUACAAUUGUUGCACCAAAAUAAAAACAACAACCAAAUUGAUAAUAAACCCUGAAGUAUUGCUAGA